GUUUGUGUUUACCCACGUUUGGCCCAAUAUUUACGCUUAGGGGUUAGGAAAAUUACCAUUACUCUCGUUCAUCGACGUCACAGCGCUAUUGGAGACCUGGCCCACUACUCAUUCAGAGCAGGAUGAGGCGCCGCCACCACCGGCAGUUCGGACUGCCGAACGCCAACCAGAUCCUGCUGUGCAUGGCUGUCUGCACUUCACUCUUCUUUGCGUUGUUGCGGCGCCAUUGGCUGCAGUUUGGAGAAGACCCGGACGUUCAUGCGUCGCUACAGAAUGUCUACGUUGUGGGCGAGGGGUCCACCGACUCGAAGUCGUGGAAUCAAUUCUGCGCUGACGACUCGUUCAAGAUGAAUGUUCCUGGGACGAAUCUGACCACGACAGUCGUGGAUAUGCAGGACGGAGCAGUGCUGUGCCACCGCCAUAGUGGGGAGCUGAUACCUACGUUGAUGAUUUGGAUAUUAUCGGUAGCACUCGGUUGCGCUCUUCUGGGUACGCUGUUUGCAGUGUAUCUGCAGCUCGGUAACCCGACGAGAGAGAUGAUCUUUUGGAUCGGGAUGAUGCCUGGAAUUUUACUGUUCGUCACUGGGAUAUUGUGCUCGGCGUCAUUGCUUUUGUGGCAGAGGUUUUAUCUUCGCUUCGACAAUGGGGACUGCUUUACCAUCACAGUUGCUGCUACUGUUAUUGCGUUUGCAGUGGCGAUCUCAAUGGUCAUACGAUGGCGUUGGGUACGUUCGUGGAAGAAGUUUAGGUCCUGUUGUUACUAUUGUGCUUAUCUCUUUUUAUUUUGCUGCGUUCUACUCUACAGCCAGGAAUCUGUGCUGUGCCGAACGAGCAGCAAGCUUUAGGCUCGCGUUCUUACGGUGAUCAUCUACCACGUCGCCGUGGUCGUCGACACGGCUCUGCAGCAACCGCUGCUACUAUAACAACUACACCGGCACAUGAUCUCGAGGCUGCUGCAGUCCCACUGAAUCGCUGAGUUGUGGUGGCUAGACAGAAUAUUUAUCAGAUCAAAUGGACGUACAAUUAUCCCGUGCAUGCUUCCUAUAAGACAUCGGGUAAUAGUCUAAGCUCAGCAGAGCUGUGUAGAUUCAGCUUAGUCGCUUUCGUCAC